GAAUACGAUACAUUUAGUUAUCGUUUGCUUUAAAUAUAAUUACGAAAAUAUAAUUAUUUGUUGCAGGUUUUUCUGUGAGAUCCCGCCUAAUAAGAAACAAACUUUUGACGAAUAGUGCAUAGUAGCACUACUUUUUUUAUCUAAAACUAUGGUUUUAUCUGAAAUAUUCUUCUUGAUAAUAAAUUGUUAUUCACGUGAUAAGUAAAACGUUUAUGCUAAAAUUUUCUACUUAAUAAUUUUCAUUAAAUUGUUAUAAAAAUUUACAAAUUUAAAAUACUGUAGGAAAAAUCUAAUUAUUCUGAUGUCAAUUAUUAUUUUCUAAUAUUAAAGAAAUAUCAAUUUCAUAGUUUGUAAUUGUUGUCUAAGGACCUUACUGUACCAUUAUUGGUUAUGAAAAUACUUACAGGGUCAAAUAAUUAAUUAGGUUUUCAAAUAAAAUUGUUCAGCUAUGAAUUUUUUAAGAAAACAACAAUUAUACAUUUUACUUCAUAAAAUAUAUUCUUCAAGUGAGCUGAAGGGUAAUCAAAAGUUACUAUCAUCAACUUUACCUCAUGAAAAUUCUAAAGAACCUUCAAAAAUAAAUGGUAGAGCUGCUAGUAUUGAACAAAAACGUAUAAUUACAGAUUUUGUGAGUAAUAAAGAAAUAUAUGAUUGGGAAAUAGUAUGCAAUGAUGUAUUGGCUAUAUCUAAGGGAUAUAUUAAUCAAAAAAAUAUAAAUGGAUGUAUUUUAGAAGCUUGUGCUCAUAAUAAACGUUUAGAUUUAGCUAAAACAUUCAUGAAAUAUAUUAAAAAAAAUGAAAAAAUCAAUAUAGGAAUAGAACUAUUAUUUUUUCGUGCAUGUUAUGCAUCAAGAAAUCAGUUGACAGAUGAAGAAUGCAAAAAUAUUGAAUCUCGUUGUGAUUAUUUAUUCAAAAAAUAUUCAAAUUUACUCAGUGGUACUGUUUUUGAAGGUUUAGUGAUAGGAUUGUGUUGUACUUCGUCUUGGCAUAAAUGUUUUGAUUAUUUAAAAUCAUUUAAUAAUAAUAAAGAUAUCACAGGCAACACAUAUAGUGUUCUUAUUCAAAAAGCUUUUGAAGAAGGAGAAAUUGAUUUGGGUUGGAAUUUAAUCAAUCAAAGUUAUAAUCCAAACAUUGAGCACUCAACUGAAGUAUUUCAGUCAUGGUUUAAUUUAUGUAAACAAAACUUAAAUAUUGAAUACUGGAAAAUAUUAGAUUUUUUAAAAGAAACAGAGUAUGUUAUACGUGAAGACUUAGCAAAUUUAUUGAAAAAUAAUCUUAAAUCAUUAGGUUGUACAGUCAAUGAUACCAAAAUAAUUCAUCAAAUAGGCCAAUGUAAUGUUUGUAAAAAAAUUUUGAAACCAGUUGAAGUUACUAAUAAUGAAUUCAAACAGUUAAAUGAAUGUUUCAUGAAAAACGUGAUGAUUCAAAACAAUAUUUUCAAAAAUUCAACACCAACAGAAUUGCAAACUUUUGAAGAUUUCAUUAAAAACUCAAGUCCAUAUGAUGUAGUAGUAGAUGGCUUAAAUGUAGCAUAUGCUUAUCGUGGAAAAUUAAAUAAUAAUUCUUUAAUUACCACUGUUAUGAAAAUACUUAUUGAUAAAAAGUUGAAGGUACUUUUAAUUGGUCGUGCACAUUUAAUCCAAAAUCUUGGAAGAAACUUGGAUUAUAUAAAGAAUAAUGCUCAUAUUUUCCUAACUAAUGAUUUAUCAAAAGAUGAUCCAUUUGUGUUGUAUGCAGCUAUGUAUAGUGGUCUUGGAACAAAAAUACUGACAAGAGAUUUGAUGCGAGGACAUAAAUUUCUUUUAGGUGAAACUGUAAUGAAAAGCAUUUUUCAACGAUGGUUACAGAAACAUAGACUAGGAUUAAAAAUUCGCCCAGGGAAUAAUGUUAAAGUGACUGAACCUUUAUUUUAUUUACAAACUACUCAAGUACAUGAUGAUGGAACUUGGCAUGUACCCUAUAAUGAAAAAAAAAAACCAGGGGUAUGGUCUAAACCAGAUUCAACACCUGAUAAAUGGAUGUGUAUUCAAACUAAAAUAAAUUUAUAGUUUUUAUUAAAUAAAUUGUAUAUAUUAUAUGAAUUGUCAAUUUAUAAUAGUCCAGAUAAGUUAAGAUAUAUUUAAUAUAAAUGAUUAAUAUAUUAA